AUGGGUGCUAAGCCCCCGUUAGAAUUGGAAGUUGGAGGUUGUAUUCAGUCAUUGAAGAACGAGAAAACUGUGGGACCUAAUGGGCUUCUCUCUGUUAUUUUCAAGUUGUGCAAGAAAUUGUUCCGUAACUUUAUUUUCAGCCCUCCAAAAAUUGGUAGAAAUGAUUCAAAAGGGGGUGGUCAAGAUGGCAACAAACCAAAUAAGCCCGGUCGGGGAGGUGGACAGCGUGGUCCCAUUCGAGACGGGCAAGCACGAUUUGUACAGAGUUACUCGAUUUUCGAGACCGGGAUUGGAUGUGCUGUGAAGACGGAAAAACACGCGGUUGAAUUAUGCGAAGCACAACCGUCCGGGGCUAAACGAAAUGACAUCGCCGAGAUUCACGAGACCGAAGAGAAACACGACCCGAUGGAACACAGUGAUGCUUUUAUCACCGAUAUUAAACAACAGUUCAAAGAUGCGCCAACAAUAAUGCAAGAUUCAGCUGCUGGAGUGCAACAAACAGUGGAUCCGUUACGCGAUCUGGAUUUGUCGGAAGGUCGUAAUCACCGUGUUCCCUAUGAGUUCUUUCGAGAUUCAGAAAUGGGUCGCUUGUUUACAAUUCAACUCCCUGAUCAAUUGCUACCCUCAGACUUCGAUCAGAUCAAAGAGGGGACUUUUGGUAAAAUCCAGUUGCUGGACAAUCAUCAAGUUCGAUUGGUCGUAGGUGGUGUCACGUUCGAUCUGGUCAGUCCACGUGCACUAACCCACAGCUCGGAUGUCAUUCUGGUCAAUGACCGAGGAGAUGAUCUGGUUCGAUUGAAUUGUCUCGGUCAUCUAGAUCAAUCUAUGGUGGCAGUCCCCAAUUUGGAAGAGUUUGUCCGUAUUGGCCAAUAA